GAUGCCGGGGAGCGAUGCCGGGGAGCGCGGUGACGCUGCAGCUGGGGCCGUACGCGGGAUGGGUCGGCGCUCACUGGUGGCGGCUGCAGGACAACGCGCUGCGCGGCCCCGCAGAGGCGUCCGAGCUCCGCCCCGCCGCGCUGCUCCGCGACACGCACACGCCGCGCCUCGUGGCGCUGGAGCUCAAAGGCGCUGCGGGUUCGCUGCGGGACGGCGGCGCGGAGCCGGAGGCGCCGGUUGCGUGGGACGGGGAUGUGGCCGCUUACCUGGAGCGGGGAGGCUCGGCCGGGAGCCGGACGGAGGAAGAGGAGAAGCGUCGCGGAGCUGCUGCCCGCGGGGAAGAAGCCGCUGCCGAGGGAGCGGGAGGCGGCAGCGCUUCAGCCGAAGGAGCAGCUCCUGCCCUGGCCCAAGCUGCUGCUCCCCAGGAGGGCAGCAGGGUGCAGGUCUGGUCUGAUCAGCUCCACGUGCAGCUGCAUCCCAAGAGCCUCUAUGUCAUCAGUCAGUACAUGCACGAUGGGGCAUGUGGCUGCCUGGAAGCCUUUGGCCAGGGGGAGAGUCUCCUGCAGCAUCCUGGCUGUGUGGAGGAGCUGGAGGAUCGGCUGCACUUUUAUGUUGAAGAGUGUGAUUAUCUGCAGGGUUUUCAAGUCCUCUGUGACCUCCACAGUGGAUUCUCUGGAGUGGGUGCCAAGGUGACAGAGCUGCUCUACGAUGAGUAUUCAGGCAAAGGAAUCCUGACCUGGGGGCUGACACCAGCCCUGAGGGACCUGGCAGAUUACCAGAAGAGUUUUUACAGGCUGAUGAACACAGCCCUGGGCAUUGUCCAUCUCUCCAGGCACAGCUCUCUCUUUUGCCCCCUGUCCCUCAGUGGGAGUUUGGGACUCAGGCCACAGCCUCCAGUUGCAUUCCCCUAUAUCAGUUAUGAUGCAUCACUCCAUUAUCACAGCAGUGCCAUUCUGGCUGCAGUGCUGGACACCCUCACUGCUCCUUACCGCCUCUGGUCCUCUCAGGCCUCCAUGAUGCACCUUGCUGAGACACUCAACUUCUCUGGGAGAAAGGUUGUGGCAGCGUGGGCAUCUGUUCCCUUCCCUGCCCUGCAGGGCUCCUCCCUCCCCGAUGCUCUUUGUGCCUACCAGCAGGAUGUGCCCUGGAAGCUUCUGUCUUCCUGCAGGGACAGAAAGAGCAGCUGCUGCUUUGCUCAGUCAGUUGUGCUACGAGGCUUUGGCAAAGAAAGUCAUGGCAGCAGCUGUGCAGGGAACCAGCCCCUUUCCCCCCUGCACACGUGUGAGGGCACAGAGCAGGUCCUGCAGCACUACUUGCACACUGCCUUUCCUGGGGCAUUCAGCACGUCCCAGGUGCUGGAGCAGCCCUGUCCAACUCAACCUCCUUACCCCCAGAUUUUUUCUCCUCUUCUGAGCAGAGAAGGUUUCCUUCUGGAUAAACCUCCCCCCUCCUCCUCAGCAGCUGUGGGAAGCAUCCCUGUGCUGGCAGCCCUGCAGUCCUCCCCUGUCCUGCACACGCUGCUCUCCAGCUUAUACAAGGACCUACAGAAGGUGAACACACGGCGCUGCCUCAGCUUCUUCAGUGCUGGAGUUGAGGAGGAUGACUUCCAUGAAGCCUUGCAGGAGCUGAGAACUCUGUCUGAGUGCUAUGAGACAGGCCUGGAAGCAGGUGACUCUGAAGAUGAAGGAGAUUCAGACUAACUCCUCUUUACUACUGGAGAGGUGGAAGGAAGAAUGUCUUUAAGGUCGCUUUCAGAAUAAAGGGAAAGGCUCUGAAGGUGGCUCAGCUGCUCCUCUGGUCUCAUUUCAGCAGCAUCCAGCUACAAAGGCAGAAGUUCUCCAGCUCCCCCAAGUUGUGUUUUGGAGGAGGAGAGCUGGUUUCUAUGUUUGGUGUUCUUUAAAGCUUGGCAAAAUGAUGGUGCUUUGCCUGGCUUAGGAGGAAAACCACACAAUAAAUACAGAGUUCAGCUUGGAACCUUCCCCAAGUACAAUCAACACAAAAACCAUAUAAAACCAACCCCCUCGUGUGUUUGGUUCCACAUGAAACCAGGUCACUUAUGAUACAGCAUGUACAUGUUCUUGUCAAAGGCUGGUGGGCCAGUCUUCACCAUGGAGUGAGGUCAGUGUUCACAAGCAUCACUUCUGUCAUUUCACUGCUGAA